GGUGAACCACAAACCGGGGACCCCGUCCACUCAAACUCCUCACCACUUAGUUUGUCCCGGUCAAACAUUUCCCCUUUUUUUUUUUACCCCAGACAAUCACAAAUUCAAAGACGCCAUUUCCCGACUAAGAGGUGUCCGCUUCACUUUCCUCGCAAAAGCGAUAUUUUUUUUGUUUUGGGGGGUCCAUUGAGCGACACAAAAAAGGGGGCAGCUGCUCAGAGGAACUUGUGAAGAGCCAUCGGCGCGACCCGGCGUAAUAAACAAACCUCCGGCAGCGCGAAGCUCCAGCAGCUCGGCCACAGCCAGAGACGGACGCGGACCCCGAGAAGGUGGCACGCACACGGCUAACGCAGUCACAAACCACCCCUCGAAACGGCCUUUCCCGCCCGCGGAACCGGCAAAUACCCAGGUGACGGCUGUGAGCGCGUGCCGCACCGCACCGCAGGAGAGUGUGUGUGUCUGUCCCUCACCCGGCGAGAUGGUGAAGGCCCAGCACAGCAGGAAGAGCUCCCUCUGUCUGCGCAGACAGACUUCGGGUCGGAUGGAUGCAGAGCUAGAGGAGGAGAAGCCCAAGAGAGGAUCCCCCUCCACGGACCCGCCCCAGCCCAAGGCCCAGGCUCCGGUUGCGGCCUCCCCUGAGAGCCAAGUGCAGGAAUGCAGUCCAGAGGGGAACCCCGAAAAGGGGGACUGUUCUGGGCAGACCAAGGCCCUCUGGAAGCCUAUCCCCCCACUACAGCCCCAGGAUGGCCCUGGCCACGCCACCAAAGACCAGAGCUGCCAGACAGAGGAGAGGCUUCAAGACAGCCAGGACGCCUGCAGUCACACUCCAGGUCACUGUAUCGAGCCGGGAGACCCUCCUCUACUGCAGAAGCCCCUGCAGACCUCCAAGUCCGGCAUCCAGCAGAUCAUUGAAUGCUUCCAAUCAGGUACCAGUGAGCUGAAGCAGAUGCUAUUGAGGGAGGUGGACACCAUCUUUGAGUGCAAACUCUGCCGCAGCCUCUUCAGGGGACUGCCCAACCUCAUCACGCACAGAGAGUACUACUGCAUCAGCAGCCAGCCGCCCGACGCAGAUGGCGACGACGGGCACAGCGUGGCGGUGAAGGAGCUGGUCCAGGCCCUGUACCCCAGGAAGGAGCAUCCCGACCAGGUGGUCCGCCUGGAGCCCAUCGGGACCACCACCAAGGCCGUGUUCCAGUACCUCACCACCGAGGAGGAGCUGGCCUGCAGCAGGCACAACCCGGGCUCAUGGGUGGGGGAGCAGCCCGAGGAGGAGGAGGAGGAGGAGGAGGAGGAAGAGGAGAUGGAGGAGGAGGAAGAGGAGGAGGAGGAGGAGGAGGAGCAACAGACCUGUGAGCCCGAGAGCCGCAGCGGCAAGCAGUCACCGGGUCCCCCUGCGGCCCCCAAGAAGAGGGCGGAGCCCGAGAAGGACGCGCCGAAGGCGGCUAGGGAGGACCCGCCGCCCGCGGCCGACGAGGACAGCUCCCACAGUGGGGUGGAGGACGUGACCAUCUCCUGCUGUCUGUGCGGCAAGGACUUCAACUCCCGCCGCAGCAUCCGCCGCCACUGCCGCAAGAUGCACCAGAGCAAGCUGGAGGAGCUGCGCAAGUUCACCGAGACGCGCACCAUCCCCUUCAGCCUGGUCUCCGUGGUCAAAGGUCGCCCCAAGACCCUGGCCUCGCCCGUGGGCGCCAAGUCCUGCCCCGUGUGCAAGAAGAACUUUGCCACCAAGGCCAACGUGCGGCGCCACUUCGACGAGGUGCACCGCGGGCUCCGCCGCGACCUCAUCACACCGGAGAACGCCACGCGGCCGGGCCACCUCCUCUCCCUGGAGGACACGCCCCCCCGGAAGCCGGGCGCGGCCGUGACACCGCCGCGCGUCGCCAGCCCCAAGCCCGCCGCGCAGAACCCUAAAAGCUCCGGCGCCGCCAGCAGCAGCAGCAGCAGCAGCAGCACCGCCGCCGCCGCGGCUCAGAGCCACGGCCGGUCCCGGACCCCCAACCAGACGCGGGCCAGGGCGCAGAAGGCCCACAAGCAGCAGCAGCAGCAGCAGCAGGCGGCGGCGCCCACCCAGCAGUACAGCAUCUCGUCCUGCCGCUGCAUGCGCUGCAAGAAGACCUACAGCUCUCAGGUGAUGCUGAAGAGGCACAUGCGCAUCGUCCACAAGGUGGUCGGUCUUCAAGAAGAGCGGGGCUCCAAGCUGACGCGGUCGCAGCGCGCCAACGCAAGACUCCGGCCGCGCCCGCCACGCCAACCGAGUCCACGUGAAGGAGGAGGCCAGGGAGAGCUCGGAGGAGGAGGAGGAGGAGGAGGAAAGAGGAGGAGGAGGCGGAAGCAGAGGAGGAGGAGGAGGAGGCCGCCGAAGAGGAGGAGGAGGAGGAGGAGGAGGAGGAGGAAGCGCAGGUGGAGGAGGAGAAAGUACGCAGCCGUUCCACCCCGCCCCCCGGCGUCAGCCACGAGAAGAACCCCCGCGACGCCGCCGCCUCCACCGCCGCCGCCAGCGGGCGGUCAAGAACGAGGAGGAGACUCCCUCCUUCCUGGCCGACUCCUCCUCCUCCCCUGGCGCCGGCGGGCGGACCGCGAGCCCCCCGCGGCCGGCGCCAAGGGGGGCCGCGCGCCGCGGCUGUCGGUGGGGUUCGACUUCAAGCAGCUGUUCUGCAAGCUGUGCAAGCGGCAGUUCAGCUCGCGGCAGAACCUCACCAAGCACAUCGAGCUGCACACGGACGGCAACGAGAUCUUCAUCAAGUUCUACCGCUGCCCGCUGUGCCGCUACGAGUCGCGGCGCAAGCGCGACGUGCUGCGCCACGUCACGGUGGUGCACAAGCAGCCCUCGGCCUACCUCGCCAAGAUCGUCCCCAAGCUGGAGAGCCGGGCGGUGAAGCGGCCCGCCGAGGUGGUGCUGACCAACACCACCAAGAGGCCGGGCGGAGCCGCCGCGGCCGGCGGCUGGCAAGAGCGGCGUCAACGGGCCGCCCACGCACCGUCGUCCUCCUCGGCGUCGGCGUCCAACGCCGCGCCUCAGCCCCGUCCGCCCUCGCCGCCCGUCACCCGCAAGCAGGACCAGCUGUCGGCGGCGGCACCGCCCCCCGUCCGGAGGCAGCUGGAUCUGUCCCCGGCGGCGUACGCCCCGGCCCCCGCCCCCGUCACGCGGACCCAGGACCGCCAGCAGCAGCAGCAGCAGCGGCGGCCGUCCACUCCGCCGCUGACGCGCCAGAGCGACAAGGGCAGCCACCCCGACCACGGCCACGCCCCCUCCUCGGCCGGCUCCGCCCUCCCGGAGCAACGACGCCCCCUCGGAGAGCGCAGCACGGGCUCGACCUCCACCGAGGUCAAGGUCACGCAGAACUUCUCUGAGGCCCCCCAGAGGCCUCUAGUCUCAGUGAGGGCCCCAGAGGUCCAGGGUCUCAGUGAGGCCCCCAAGAGGUCCCCCCCCUCCGUCCCGGCCCUGUGUCUCAGUGAGGGCCCCAGAGUGAGGGCCCCAGAGGUCCCCCCCUCCGUCCCGGCCUCUAGUCUCAGUGAGGGCCCCAGAGGUCCAGGGUCUCAUGAGGCCCCCCAGAGGCCUCUAGUCUCAGUGAGGGCCCCAGAGGUCCAGGGUCUCAGUGAGGCCCCCAAGAGGUCCCCCCCCUCCGUCCCGGCCCUGUGUCUCAGUGAGGGCCCCAGAGUGAGGGCCCCUGAGGUCCAGUGUCUCAGUGAGGCCCCCCAGAGGCCUCUUGUCUCAGUGAGGGCCCCUGAGGUCCAGUGUCUCAGUGAGGCCCCCCAGAGGCCUCUUGUCUCAGUGAGGGCCCCUGAGGUCCAGUGUCUCAGUGAGGCCCCCCAGAGGCCUCUUGUCUCAGUGAGGGCCCCAGAGGUCCAGUGUCUCAGUGAGGCCCCCCAGAGGCCUCUUGUCUCAGUGAGGGCCCCUGAGGUCCAGUGUCUCAGUGAGGCCCCCCAGAGGCCUCUUGUCUCAGUGAGGGCCCCUGAGGUCCAGUGUCUCAGUGAGGCCCCCCAGAGGCCUCUUGUCUCAGUGAGGGCCCCUGAGGUCCAGUGUCUCAGUGAGGCCCCCCAGAGGCCUCUUGUCUCAGUGAGGGCCCCUGAGGUCCAGUGUCUCAGUGAGGCCCCCCAGAGGCCUCUUGUCUCAGUGAGGGCCCCUGAGGUCCAGUGUCUCAGUGAGGCCCCCCAGAGGCCUCUUGUCUCAGUGAGGGCCCCUGAGGUCCAGUGUCUCAGUGAGGCCCCCCAGAGGCCUCUUCUCUCAGUGAGGGCCCCUGAGGUCGUUACGACGGCCAGCUGGUGGGAAGGAUAUCACAUAAUCCGAGACGCACGCCACACGCAUUCUCACGCCACGGUGGCAGACUGA